AUGAAUCCCUCGGAGCGGACGAAAGAGGCACUUCUCGCCAAGACAGAAGCAUUAUGCGGCUCCAUCAUAGACACGCGCAAAGAUGACCCUUGGGGUGGUGACGGUUACCUCUCAACCAUACUCCGUGCUGUGAAGAUGCAAGAUGCGACCGACUACUCAGAAGACGAUACGAGAACCGAGUUUCCGCCUGCAUUGGACUAUGCAACGUCUGCACAAAGGGAGUUAUUGAUUAGAGAGCAAAGUGCCGCACUGAUCAGAACGGCCCAAGGCAUAUCGACACUCGUACGCGACCUACAAGAACUUUGGCUCUUCGGUGGUCUCGAUACUCUCUCGGAUCCUGCCGACGAAGAAACGAACCGGACAAAGGCACUUGCAGUCGCGGAGAUGAUUGAAGCGCUGGCCAAACAGGGACCAGGCGGUAUAAAGCAGAAGGAAGACAGCACAACCAAGAAGGAGACAAACGGGGAGGCUUGA